AUGGAUUUCAUUCGAUCAACUUUUAAGCUGAUAAUAAGUCCUUAUAUAAACUACCGAGACCUCAAGGAGACACCCUGCUGGCCGAAAGAAAAAGUGUCCAGAUGCGGCGGCGGGGGCAGGUGCCACCGUCUGACCUGUUACAUCAUCAGGCCGGCCGACGUCUCCGUCUCCAGAAUCACCGUCCAUGAGCACACACGCACACACAAAAUACCGUCUGACGCCUUGAAACUCUUUUCGCCCAAAUUAGGUACGCGCGUCGGCUCAAUUAACCCCGCCAGCGUGUAAUUACACGCUUUGCCACUGGUUUUUUCCUGUUUGAAAGUGUUUCUGACAGCGAUCCGGGGUUACUGUAAGAUUGGGUGAGAUCUCGAAAAGCCACCUCAAGUUUCGAAAAAAUCGAAAUAUAUAAAAAGCAAGCUAAGUUGAUAAAAUACACAAAUACAUAUUUUUGCCCUCAAUUUUCUGCCAUUUCAUCAUUUCUUUCUAUGAAAAUGAUUCUGACUAUUGCUGCUGACGGGGCCCCCGGGGCGACCCGGGGCGCCCCGACCCGCUGAGUAGAUAAGUUAAAAUGAAGUUUAAGUGAAAAAAUCCGCAGAGUAACGACUAAUAAAGAAGUCUAUUGGUCGAAGAAAAUGAAAAUUCAUUUAUAUCAUUGAGUAUAGAAGUAUAGAAAUCUUCUAACAGUGUGACGCUUCGCAGGGCGGGGCGCCCCGGAGCGAGUUGCGGUCGCUCCGGUCUGGUCAGCAGCUCUGAUUCUGACAGCUCUACACUACCGCAACUUCUCAAAAAACCAACUGGAUUGUUUAAAAAUCACGAAAAAAAAUCUUUUUGAUUUCCCCCAUCGUUUCUAAUCCACGAUUUCGGCUUUUUCGUUUCAAAAAAAUUGGAACCAACGUUGAUCUCAAAAAAACGCCACAAAGUUUUCAGAUAAUCAAAAUAAAAAUCACAAAAAACGAAGACUCAGGUGAUUUUUCAAAAAGGUCCACGGUACGAUACAGGAAUAAAAAUUCGUAAAAUAGAAUUGCUGUUAUUUUUGACCAAAAAUCAUUUUCUGUUGCUAUAUCUUCUCGAAACUCUCACCAAACUCCUCACAACGUCCAAAACGACCCAAAAAGCUUUGUGAGCAAUACAUCAAAGGCCACGCCCACUUGUUCAGGAGGAUUACUGGGAAGUCGCGCUCCGUUGCAAACAAAAUGCACGACAAACCGAGAAAAGCCUCCAAGAACACCGACCGACAUCGAGUAGUAAAUGAUAGUUCUUGGGGAAGAUAUAUCGAAAUGGGAAUAUAGAAAAAGAAUUCAAUUCUUCUGGUAGUGCUCCAGAAAAAAAGAAAUUGGGUUUAAAAAAUACUAAAUGAACACUGUGAGAAAAAAUAAUCAUUUUUACUUUAAAAAAAAUGGAACGAAGGAGAAUAGGAAGAUUUAAAAGUUUCUGAAACAGCUUGAAGUAAAUUUUCGAGAUUUCUACUUAUUACAGUACCUCUUAAGGAUCUCGGCACGAUCAUGCGCACCUGCACAUCUUCUUCUGGAAGAAGUGGAUGUCAUCUCGACUCUCAAGGGCUUCUUUCCCGCAACAGUCGUUGCGCAACCGCCCAUCACUGCGCAUUGUGA